AACGUUGGGUGUCCUUGUUUGUGAAUCAAAUCCAGAUAUUGAUUUCAAUCAGCUAAAGAAACUGAACUCAGCCUGGAUUGAAUUACGCCACCUCUGUGUGCCUGCCCUGGAGUCAAAGUAAACAAACCGAGGCAAUGGCUCUGAUAGACGUCAUUAGAUCCACCCAUAGAAGCUCCACCUCUCUCAUUCUGAUAGGUGAGAUAGCUACCUGGCUGGUUCACCUCUGUCAUUCUCCCCUCAAGGAAAGUCUUGGGAAAAAAAUGAAGAAAAUCCUGUUUGAAACCUGCGCAAGGUAUGGGUUCAUAUUGACAUUCAGCAGAUCCACAGUCCCUCCCCUUCCAGGAUGUCCCAUCAGCUUGUUCCGUGAGUACUAAACAUGAUGCUGGUCAUCAUAGGUUACACACAUGCUGAAUUGGCUUCCAGGGGCAAAGCCAGACAUUCUGAAGACUUCCUCUCCGCUGGACUGAUGGAGUUGUGGAAAAGUCAAGUUGAUCUGUAGACACGGAGGACGGUGAGGUGCUUGAGGCUACGGACAACCAUGACCCAACUGUGCCUGAAAGGCCCCCCUAUAGCUUCUCUUGGUAGAGUUCAGCUGGGGCAUCAUGGGAAAUCACCAUCUAUGUUACUGUCAAGGAAAUCACCAGCUCUCCUCUCAGUUCUCUGAACCACCGGCAGCAGUAGCAGCAGCAGCAGCAGCAGCAAGAGCAGCAGCGCACAGACAGACUUGUCCCUGGGUCUCGCCCCUGUAAGGAGCAAACAGGAAGUUUGGCAGCUGGGGCCGGGAGAGGGAGAGGCCCGGGGCUGCGUGGGCGCUGUGACCAUGCGCAGCCACCUCUGCCUGCUGCUCCUGGUGAACAUGAUGACAUGUGGGCUGGAGGUGUGUCUGGCGGUGGGCACCAUCUACAUCCCCCCGCUCCUACUGGAGGCUGGGCUGGAGGAGCGCUACAUGACCAUGGUGUUGGGUGUGGGGCCCGUGCUCGGUCUCAUCUUCGUCCCCCUGAUUGGCUCGGCCAGUGACAACUGGAAAGGUCGCUUCGGCCGGCGCCGCCCCUUCAUCUGGGCCUUGAGCGUCGGCGUGCUGCUGUCGCUGGUACUUAUCCCGCACGCCACGUCGCUGGCCUCCCUUCUGGCCCUCCGGCGCCCCCGCUGGCUGGAGGUGGGGCUGCUGGUGCUGGGCAUCGUCCUGCUGCAGUUCUGCGGCCAGGCCUGCUUCACGCCGCUGGAGGCGCUGGUCAGCGACCUGUUCCCCGGCGAGCAGGAGAGCCGCUCGGCCUUCACCGCCUUCUCCCUGCUGCUCAGCCUGGGCGGCUGCCUGGGCUACCUGCUGCCCGCCGUCGACUGGAGCGCCGGCGUGGCCGCCCUCUACCUGGGCAGGCAGGAGGCCUUCAUCUACAUGCUGCUCACCCUCAUCUUCCUGGCCUGCAUGCUCAGCACGGCCAUGAUCGCCGAGGAGUCGACGGCCGGCGCCGAGGAGAGCGGCGGCGUCAGGAAGAAGCGGAGGCUCCACCGCUGCUGCAGCUGGCUGAUGCCCCUGCGCCUGUGCGGGGCCGCUGCCCGCCUGCUCGCCAUGCUGCCCCAGUCCUACCAGAUGUACCAGGGCAUGCCCAGGGUCCUCCGCCGCCUCUUCCUGGCCGACUUCUGCAGCUGGAUGGCCCUGGAGAGCUUCCUGCUCUUCUACACGGACUUUGUGGGGGAGCGGCUGUACCACGGCCAGCCCAGCGCCGUGCCCGGGUCCAAGCGGAGGCUGCUUUAUGAGGAAGGCGUGCGGAUGGCCAGUCUCGGCCUGUUCCUGCAGUGUCUGAUGGCGGUGUGCUGCUCCCUGCUGAUGGAGCGGCUGCUGGCGCGCGUGGGCCCCAAGGCGCUCCUGUUGUGCAGCGUGGGAAUGCUGACCUUCAGCACGGCCGUCAUGACCUUGUCCCACAGCACCGUCCUGGUCACCGCCAUGGCCGCCGCCACCGGCUUCACCUUCUGCACGCUACAGGUGCUGCCGUAUACCCUCAUCUGUCUGUAUCACUCCAACAAACAGGUGUUCUUCCCUAGCACUGUGAGAAAACCUGUGAACACUAGCAAAGACACCUCUUUCACACAAAAUGGACUUCUGGGCGAGGUGGCAAGCUUGGAGGAGACCUGUGCAUCUGCUUGUCUCCUCCCCCAGAAGGAGACCUGCUCCUCAGCUUGUAUCGUCCCUCUACCCAACCCAGAGCUGGAGCUCCCCAGCUCCUCCAGAGGGAUGUGCUUGGACCUGGCACUGCUGGACAGUGCGUACCUGCUCUCCCAGGUGGUGCCCUCCCUGCUCAUGGGCUCGCUGGUUCAGUUCACCCACAACGUGAGCGCCUACAUGGCCAGCUCCUGUGCCCUCAGUCUGCUGGCGGUGUGGCUCUCGUCGCGGAUCAUCUUCGACAGGAAGGAUAUGGAGCUGCUUCAGUGAUGCAUUGACUAAAAUUUUCCUCAGGGCAAAAUGUUUUGAUAUUUAAAAAAGGAAUGUUGCCGAACUGCAAAGUCAGGCUUCUGCAGCCCCGAGCUGAAAGCUUUUGAACAAUCAAGGAGAUCUGUGAGAAAGAAAGAUCUUCUGACUUUUUGAGGCUUAACAUAGAAGUCUGUCAAAAGGAUGAAUAUUUGAGAAAUGUUCUCUCUGUUAUACAUUUUUAAAAACCAAAAUACACCCUUCAUACCAAAAGUAAAUAGUGAUAAUUAAAAAAAAAAAAAGGUCAGGUCAAUAUUCUUCAGCAGCAAAAGCAGAUUUUCUAACCAAAAGAGAAUGUUUUAGUGUAUUGUUUACAAUUUCGACUAUCUACUAUUAAAGUUCAAAGGUCAAAGAAGGGUUAGAUGGAUUUAAGUGGGAUAAGGGAACAUAGGGUCAAUUUUAUAUUCAGAGAUAUAUUAAUGCAAAGUGCUAAUAUAAAUGAACCCCUUAGUAUUUAUUUUAUUUAUUUGUAUUUCUUGUAUAAACUGUGUUAGGGGUUGGAAUAUUCUGAAAAACAUUGUUGUUAUAUUGUUAUAUAUUGCUAUUGUGAUGGCAAAGGUUGAUGAAGGUAUAAGUAACAUCCCUGUGUGGAUAACCGCACUUAAGCUACAUUAACUGGAGAUUAGUCUUGCGUAGCCAAAUAUACGUGUCUAAACCAGUCCAAAUGUGUCCUGUAGCUCGAGGGCUAUCUAGACUUAUUCAUUUGGCUGACGCUUUUAACCAAAGUGACUUGUUACGUCAAUAAUUACAAAGGUCUUUAGCGAAACUUUGGAUGAAGUGCCUUGCUCAAUCUCAUAUGUCUUGCAUUUCGCCACACAACUGUAGCAGUCGGGAUUUAACCCACAACUUUUCAGGCUACUGAAUGCUAGCCCAGCUCCUUAGCCACUAUGCCCUCUUGUUAUCACUAUUUACAGUACUUUUAACAUGCUUCUAGUCCCCAAUUUCUGACCCCACAAGAAUACUUGUAGACCACACAAGUUUCACUAAGUGCCAGUCAUCUAUCCUGCUCUCCAGGUUGCCGGAAAAAAAUUAAAGGAAGUCCAAUAGCCUAUUACUACUUGGGAAUACUUGAUGUAUUUGUGGUUCCAGGAUAUGACAUCAUCUUCCUUCCACAAAAUCUGUUUUUAAACUAUUUUCUGUUGUGUCACUCAAGAAGAGGGGUUGAUAUGUUGUCAGUUUUUAACUCAUGAGAAUGUGUAAGCCGAGCCAUUUUUACGGUGACUUUUGAACUAGUAUUUGCAAUCUGUAACGGACAAUUUCCCCUGUGUGCCAUCCAAAAACUAAACUGUGUUGUUCACAGUUUUUAUGUUUUAAUGCAAGAAAAUGGUUGAGCCCAUUAGGCUAUCAUUAGACACAUUUAGGUUUUCCAGAUUAGCUAUUCUUCAUUUGAUGCAAGUCCUACCUGUGCAAUCUCAUUAUCUCACCACUAGACUAUGGCAAUACCAGACUGACUGUCUUAACUUUUUUUCUCCUAAGGUUUUUUUCUCUUUCAGUAAGGUGUUUUAUUGUGUUUUUGCUUAGCCUACUCUACCUCACAGUGGACUUGGAUAGAAGCAUCUCACAAAUAAAUGAAUGUUUACAAUGUGUCAUCAUGACCCAUCAAUAAGGAAUAAAAGUUAUUAUUCCACUG